AUGGUCAUAGCUCUACACCAUGUAUUACCUCUACGCUCAGACCUCUACUCCCAGACCUCUACUCCCAGACCUCUACUCCCAGACAUCUACUUCCAGACCUCUAAUCCCAGACCUCUACUCUCAGACCUCUACUCCCAGAUCUCUACUCUCAGAUCUCUACUCUCAGACCUCUACUCUCAGACCUCUACUCCCAGACCUCUACUCGCAGACCUCUACUCCCAGAUCUCUACUCUCAGAUCUCUACUCUCAGACCUCUACUCUCAGACCUCUACUCCCAGACCUCUACUCUCAGAUCUCUACUCUCAGACCUCUACUCACCUCUACUCCCAGACCUCUACUCUCAGACCUCUACUCUCAGACCUCUACUCCCAGACCUCUACUCUCAGAUCUCUACUCUCAGAUCUCUACUCUCAGACCUCUACUCCCAGACCUCUACUCUCAGAUCUCUACUCUCAGAUCUCUACUCUCAGACCUCUACUCCCAGAUCUCUACUCUCAGAUCUCUACUCUCAGACCUCUACUCUCAGACCUCUACUCCCAGACCUCUACUCCCAGACCUCUACUCCCAGACCUCUUCUCUCUGACCUCUACUCUCAGACCUCUACUCCCAGACCUCUACUCCCAGACCUCUACUCUCCGACCUCUACUCUCUGACCUCUACUCUCCGAACUCUACUCUCCGACCUCUGUUCCAGCUCUGUCCACACUGGGGUCUGCAUGUGACAGCGACAGACGCGGACGGUGGCUCCUUCGGCUCCAUCAGCUACUCUCUGGGGUCAGGCAUCAACAGUGCUGUCCCCUCCCAGUUCUCUGUAGGGAAGGAGACAGGACAGAUCUGUACCAACGUGGCUCUGGACAGGGAUCAGGGACCAACCAGCUACGACUUUACUGUCACAGCCGUGGACGGGGGCGGUCUGAACUCUGUGGCCUACGUCAGGGUGGACCUGCUGGACAUCAAUGACAACAGACCAGUCUUCUACCCUGUGAGCUACGCCGUCAGCCUUAGCUCCCAGAGUGCACCUGGCACUUCUGUUGUCAAGGUUACGGCCCUUGACCCCGACACUGGGGAGAACGGGAGGGUCACAUACCGAACCGUCCCCAGGGGCAACUCCCCCUUCUUCACCCUCAACAAAGACACAGGUGUGAUCUCCCUGUCCCGGUCGCUGCACGGCAAGGCCAACACGGUGAUCCCCAUGGUGGUUUCAGCCCAGGACGGAGGGGGUUUGGCAGCACUGGUCAACGCCCGGGUCAACAUCAGUGUGGUGGCAGGCCUGGUGGCGCCUCCUGUGUUCGAACACAGCCAGUACAGCUUCACUGUAUGUGAAAACGUACUGCGAGGGACUGAGGUUGGCAUCGUACAGGCCAUCAGUAAGAACGGCGGCCCCAGUAAGGACAUCCUGUACACCAUCUCCUCUGGAGACCCUGCUGGCUACUUCACUGUGGACCCAGAGAGUGGUGCCCUGCGGACCAGCCUUCCUCUGGACCACGAGGCCCAGCCCUCUCUAACCCUGGAGCUCCAGGCUCGUAGCGGCAGCCCCCCUGCCUUCGGUCAGACCCACGUCCACAUCACCAUCCAGGACAUCAACGACAACGCUCCUGUCUUCAUGCCCUCCUCUUCUGAGUCUCUCCUCCUCCCGGAGCACACAGAGAUAGGGACCGUGGUCUACAGAGUCCAGGCCAAAGACCGGGACUCCGGCCUCAACGGCCAGAUGACCUUUGAUCUUUCCUCCACCGCGACCUCAAGCGGAGGUCAAAGAACCUUUUCCAUGGAGCGCAGCACAGGGGAGAUCCGGCUGGUUGGUGGGCUGUCAUACGACCUAAAGAUGGCGGCGCGCCGCAGCUGA